AUGUUGAUGAACAGGCAUUCGGUUUUUGUUGUCUUCCUGCUUGUGUUUGAGAUGAAGAAUUGUUUGGCACAGGAUGGAGGACUUAGCAGAGGGAGUUUUCCACAAGGGUUUGUCUUUGGAACUGCUUCCUCAUCUUACCAGUAUGAAGGAGCAGUGGAAGAGGAUGGAAGAGGGAAAACAGUUUGGGACACCUUUGCUCAUUCCUUUGGGAAGGUGAUUGAUUUCAGCAAUGCCGACGUCGCAGUCGAUCAAUACCAUAGAUUUCAUGAUGACAUACAACUCAUGGCAGACAUGGGAAUGGAUGCUUACAGGUUCUCCAUUGCAUGGUCACGCAUUCUGCCAAAUGGAGCAGGAGAGGUUAACCAAGCAGGGAUCGACCAUUACAAUGAAGAGAUCAACGCACUGCUCGCCAAAGGGAUUCAGCCUUACGUGACUCUCUAUCACUGGGAUCUUCCUCAAGCACUCCAAGAGAGAUACAAUGGAUGGAUCGAUGGCCAGAUCAUAGAGGACUUCGCAAACUACGCAGAGAUAUGCUUUAAAGCAUUUGGGGACCGAGUCAAGCAAUGGAUCACCUUCAACGAGCCACACACCUUCGCAAUCCAAGGCUACGACGUCGGCCUCCACGCGCCCGGGCGCUGCUCCACCCUCCUGCACUUCCUCUGCAGAGCAGGGAACUCUGCAACAGAGCCGUACACCGUUGCUCACCAUGUUCUUCUCUCGCAUGCCACCGUGUCCGACAUUUACAGGAGAAAGUACAAGAAAACUCAGCAAGGAUCCAUCGGCAUGGCGUUCGACGUAAUGUGGUUCGAGCCGAUGACAGACUCCCCUGAAGACAUCGAUGCGACACAGAGAGCGAUGGAUUUCCAACUUGGAUGGUUAAUGGAUCCAUUGUUCGUCGGGGAGUAUCCGAGGUCGAUGAGGACGAGAGUGGGAGAGAGGCUGCCAAGGUUCUCAGCAGCUGAGGCUGCUCUCGUCAAGGGAUCCUUGGACUUCGUUGGAGUGAACCAUUACACCACCUAUUACGCAAAGCACAAUUCGACUCAUAUACUUGGGUUCUUGCUCAAUGAUACACUGGCAGAUUCUGGUACCAUAACUCUGCCCUUCAAGGAUGGAAAAGCAAUUGGAGAUAAGGCUUCUUCCAUAUGGCUUUAUAUAGUACCUCAGGGGAUCAGAAGCCUGAUGAACUACAUCAAGGACAAGUAUUACAAUCCCUCAGUGAUCAUCACAGAGAAUGGGAUGGAUGAUUUCAACAACCCAUUUAUCUCCAUUGAGCAUGCUCUCAAGGAUGAUAAAAGAAUCAAAUACCAUAGUGACUAUCUCUCAAACUUGGCUGCCUCCAUAAGGGAGGAUGGCUGCAAUGUGAAGGGAUACUUUGUGUGGUCUCUUCUUGACAACUGGGAAUGGGCUGCAGGGUAUACUUCAAGGUUUGGCCUAUACUUUGUGGAUUACAAAGAUAACCUCAAGAGGUACCCAAAGAACUCUGUUAACUGGUUCAAGAACCUGCUCAGAUCUGCCUGAUCCACUGCUGCUAAGGCCAUUGAAAGAUAUGAACUUUGGCUGGAAAAAUAACAUGGACUAUUUGAUGAUGAUGAUGCAUAUGUGUUGAUGGAUAUA